AUGUUUUGUAAAGGAGACCGAGAUAUUGAUAGUGACGAGGACACUCUUGAGGACCAGAUUUUGGACGUGGUUGACAUGCCAAUAGAGGUUCCUGGAGAGGUAGAAAUUCAUUAUGGUGAUGCCGAAUCAGAUGACGAAGAAGAAUCAAACCUAAUUUCUUUUUUAGAUGUCAAAAAUGAUCUAAAUGACGUUAUUUUAUCUAAUUCUGAAGAUGGUAAAAUAUUGUUUGAAUCAUUAAUAGACCCAAAGCCAACAGAACCACCACCACCACCACCACCACCCCUUACUGAUCCUCCUACUGAUUCUCCUGGUCCACCAGAGCCUCCAAGUGACGUUUCAGAGGCCCUAUCUAACAAACGCCCCAGACCUCCACCAAGCAAACGACCUAGACCACCAAGUCCUCCACCAAGCAGACGUCCAAAACCACCAGGUCCUCCCCCUACCAGACGUCCUAGACCACCAGGCCCUCCACCAAGCAGACGCCCUAGACCAUCAGGCCCUCCACCAAGCAGACGUCCAAGACCGCCUGGUCCUCCACCAAGCAGACGUCCAAAACCACCAGGUCCUCCACCAAGCAGACGUCCAAGACCACCAGGCCCUUCACCAAGCAGACGUCCAAGACCACCAGGCCCUCCACCAAGCAGACGUCCAAGACCACCAGGCCCUACACCAAGCAGACGUCCUAGACCACCAGGUCCUCCACCAAGCAGACGUCCAAGACCACCAGGCCCUCCACCAAGCAGACGUCCAAGGCCGCCAGGCCCUCCACCAAGCAGACGUCCAAAACCACCAGGUCCUCCACCAAGCAGACGUCCAAGACCACCAGGUCCUCCACCAAGCAGACGUCCAAGACCGCCAGGUCCUCCACCAAGCAGACGUCCAAGACCACCAGGCCCUCCACCAAGCAGACGUCCAAGACCACCAGGCCCUCCACCAAGCAGACGUCCAAGACCACCAGGCCCUCCACCAAGCAGACGUCCAAGACCACCAGGCCCUCCACCAAGCAGACGUCCAAGACCGCCAGGCCCUCCACCAAGCAGACGUCCAAGACCACCAGGUCCUCCACCAAGCAGACGUCCAAGACCACCAGGCCCUCCACCAAGCAGACGUCCAAGACCGCCAGGUCCUUCACCAAGCAGACGUCCAAGACCACCAGGCCCUCCACCAAGCAGACGUCCAAGACCACCAGGCCCUCCACCAAGCAGACGUCCAAGACCACCAGGCCCUCCACCAAGCAGACGUCCUAGACCACCAGGUCCUCCACCAAGCAGACGACCAUGAUAACCCGAGAAGUCAACUUCUUAGUUCCUAAAUUGAAAACAAUUAAAACUUAACUUACGUAAUACUAA